CGGAAACAGUAGUCACGAGUGGAGCUCGAAUCUCCGUAAGCUCUUGCUUUUUCAUCAGCACCUCCACACAUCCAGUAUGGCGAGCUAGUCGUCAACCUGGACUACAACCACCACCCGUCUGAGCGUGUGCUCGGCGAUCUAGCAACCCCACAGGACAUGCAUAUUACCGGGCUUGUCCACCCACCUACCUCAUGGUUCCCGUGCCAGUGACCCCUCCACACACACCGAAGCGAUGGAUGGACGAGCCAGACAAUGGCACGGAAGUGGUGGCAUCUGCUGAUCGAUCAGACGAGAAUGCCAGCCCGCUAUCGAACUGGCAGACCGAGCAAGGAAAGCCGCCUCAUAGGUACUCACAGGCACCAGUGCGGGACGCUCAUGGUGGACAAAUUCUGGACACGGAUGCGGAGCCAAGACACGCAUCCACUUCGAGUCAGCGGUUGAUGGAUUCAGAUGAUUUGAAACCGGAGGAGUACCUAUCGGAUGGAGAAUUAGACGCGGGCGAGCAAGAUGGGGACGAGCUGUGGGAAGACGAAAUUAGCUCUUCAUCUGGCUCAGAGUUCGAAGAGGAUGAAAGCAUCACGACCAGAGGUGCAACACCAGCAAGGGACGGCACGCUUGAGGAGGGCACAUCUCCGAGAGAGCAGAAUGCACAGACAAGCAAAGCGCAAAGCUACAGGAAUGCUCUGCAGCAAUACAAGCAGAGUCGGAGAGCCCUCAUGCUGAGCAACACAGAGCCUACCAGCUCUGCGCACAGCAGUGAGCCCUCCUUGCCUUUGCAGCAUCUCGGCGACGUUGAUGAGCGUGCCGCUGGGCGCCAGUAUGAGCCUACGCACGAGGCAGGGAGGCGCGUUGCACAUGAUGACGCACAACUUCGCUCAAUCACGCCCCUGGGCACCAAGGCGUCCUUCAAGAAGGAUUUGCAAUUGCCCAGCGACCCCUUCUCAAGACUGUCUGAGGCUGUGGACGACGCGACUCCAGUCCAGCGGGCACACGACAUCCGCUUCGACAAGCUGACCCUUCCUCGCAUUGCGAAACCCGCCUCACCUUCGGGUCUAGCCGACUCUCAUCGCGAAUCAAAUAUCGAGAGUGGGUCGAAUCGAGCUGACACUCUUGGGGAAGCACAUGUACGCAGUGCGCCCAGAGGAGGAGGUGGCGAUGUCCGCGAGGCUACACUUCGUGCGAGCUCUAACGAUACGCUCGAUCAGAGCCAGGCCCAAGAUCCUCGCGGAUCGGGAGGCACAAGCAAAGCAGAUAUACACUCGCGCGCUCACAGCAGGGAACACCCUGUAUCUGCAGCAAACCACUUGCCAGGGUCACCACCAGCAUCACAUGCCAGUGCGGCAUCUGAGCAUUUGCAAGAGAGGAAUCAGCCUCGAGCCGGAUCGUUCUCCCAGCAGGAAGGCGCAGUCACGCCCCGCACGCACUCGCCCCCCUCCGCGUAUCACUCAGACGAGUCGAUUGUGUCGGAUACCUCACGCCUCGAUGCUGAAGCUGUUCACUGGGAGGCGCCACGCCGCGAUGACGUCAAGCAUCUAAUCGUGGAGCCGAACACUCCUCUCGCAGCCAGGCGCGCUUCUCCCAUCGAGGUCUCGACUCCUCGCCCAUCAUCGCACUCGCAGUCAGAGGCUGCUCUGAAUACACUGCCACUUGUGGGCUCUCAGUCUUCCCUGAGUUUGUGGGAUUACCUUCGAGAAGAGAUCGUUGCCACGGACUUCGACUCCACACAGGAAAUGAAGUGGGAGCGCGUAACGAAUUUCAUUGCGAUCCCCUUCUGGAUGGAAAAGAUCAUGGUCUUUGGCAUCGCUGUCUGCCUCGACUCUUUCCUCUACACCUUCACGAUCCUACCUCUCAGAUUCGGUGUGGCACUGUACGUCUGGACGGCGAACCUGAUGAGGUGGUGCUUGGGCGGCGAACGCCGAUACCUCCACUCGUCGCACAAGUGCGACCUUCUCAAGGCGGCUCUGAUCGUGCUCUCUUGCUACAUCCUCUCGCGAGUGACAGACGCAAGCAAGAUGUACCACAGUGUCCGAGGGCAAGAUUUCGUCAAGCUCAGCGUCAUUUUCAACGUGCUGGAAAUUGCGGAUCGCCUCUGCUGCUCAUUCGGACAAGAUUUGCUCGACAGUCUAUUCUCCCGAGCGACUUUGGCGCGACGGAAGGACGGCAGGCAACCCUAUCUUCGACCGACUGGCUUCUUUCUGCUAUCUCUUGCGUACAUCCUGGCGCACACUUUCGUGUUAUUCUAUCAGCUCGUCACUCUCAAUGUUGCGAUCAUGAGCUACGACAAUGCUCUGCUUACACUGUUGAUAUCCAACCAGUUCGUCGAAAUCAAGGGAAGCGUCUUCAAGAAGUUCGAGAAGGAGAAUUUGUUCCAGCUCACUUGCGCUGACAUUGUUGAGCGCUUUCAACUUGGGUUGAUGCUGUCCGCCAUUGCACUGCGCAACCUGAUUGAGAUAUCAGGCAUCAGCGCCAGCAUCGAGGGAGGAACAGGGCCACUGCCGACGAGUUUCACAGUGUUUCCAAGCCUGAACAUGCUGGAAACCAUCAUCGUGCCGGUCGCAAUCGUUCUCGCAUCGGAGUGCAUAGUCGACUGGCUUAAGCACGCGUUUAUCACAAAAUUCAACCACAUCAGACCAGCAGUCUACGGACGCUUCAUGGACGUCCUUUGCAGAGACCUCGUCGCUGGACCUGGCUCAGCCCAAGGAUCGCGCAAGCACAAUUUUGUCGAUCAAAGUCCCAUCGUAUCCCGUCGACUGGGAUUCGCAGCGCUGCCCUUGGCAUGCCUUUUGAUCCGCAUCACCAGCCAAAUUCUCGGCAUGUUGCGGGACACGAGUCAUUUCGACGAGUGCGCCGCUCCGCAUGCAUCUCAGAGCGGUUUCAAGCUCGUCUACGGAAUUGGCUUGGCGAGAGGAGCUGCGAGGAUGUUGGGUGCGCAUGAUCCUGAAGGCGCUGCCAACGAGAUCGCGGCGACCAUCGCAAGGAGCGCAGCUUGGGCUCUAACGGUCGUCAUCGGUUGGGUUUUUUUGGUGGGACUGAAGCUUCUGCUCGGGCUCAACCUCGUCAGCUACGCAUCUCAUCGCUACGCUACUAUGCAGCAGCGAGAGCAAGAGGAAGAGCUGAAUGCCAGGGACAGAGCACCGAUCGGCGUUGAUCGUGAAGAGAGGCUGCACGACGCAAAGAUUGCGCAGCUUGUUGAUCGAGCGGAAGACGAUGCGGGGAGCGUUGGGAUGCGAGGUCAAGUAGCUCCUGCAAGAGGAAAAGUGGAGAGCGGCGGCGGCGGCGGCGGCGGUAGCAGCAGCAAAUCUAGCAAGGGUCCUUCUCUAAUGGACGUUUCGCGUUAUUCGAUGAUCAAAAGCAGGAUCUGGUAGAUGUCAUCGUACGAAGCAUAUGCAAACGUGAAUCAUGAGCGAUGCUCUGCUUGCAUUGUAAUAUUAUUCGAUUUGGUCAG